AUGGCCUCUUCACUUCGUGCCGCAGCUAUCAACUGGACCAAGUUAAGCGUUAGUCUUCCUCAAGAGACUGUCGCUUCUCUUCAAGCAUUCCGUAAGCGUAAUGAUGAAGUUAAGCGUGUUCUUGGUGAAUUAAAAGAACAAAGCACCAGUGUCGAUUUCAGCCACUACCGCAAAAUUCUUAAGAAUCAAGAUGUCAUUGACCAAGCUGAAAAGGCUAUCAACGGUUUCAAGCCCGUUGCUUACAAUUUGGAUGCUCAAUUAAAGGCCAUUGACCAAUUCGAAAAUAAAGCUGUUUCCAAGGCUCAAAAGACUGUUCAACAGAUCGAAACUGAACUUAAGGAUCUCCAAGCAACCCUCAGCAAUAUCGAAAACUCUCGUCCCAUUGAUCAACUUACAGUUGAAGAUAUUAUCGUUGCCAAGCCUGAAAUCACCAAGGAAGUUGAAGAGAAACUUCAAAAGGGAGAAUACACCAUUCCUGGCUACAAGGAAAAGUUUGGCGAUAUUUCUUACUUCUAA